AUGUCUGAUAGCGAGUCAUUCUCCGAGCAUGAGCCCAAUGCGUUCGAUGAGGAGUCAUCGGAAGGUCUCUUUGACUCCGAUGGUGAAGCGGCAGGGCCCGAUGCCGAGGAUGGAAGUGAUACUGAUGUCGAGAUACUUGGUGAAGGGCCCAGCUCCGUCCCAAUACAUGGCAUCGGAAAGGGGCUAAUGACCGCUUCGGUGCCGUUGUCCAUUGUCUAUAGCGACGGCCGCCAUGUGGGUCUAGGCGCCCCUGGGGAGGCGAGCGCUAGUCGCCAGUAA